AUGCGCCAACUAAAGUGUCGAUACAUCGAUUUGUUCCAGCAGCCGCCCAGCUCGCAGGAGCGUGGCAGCGGCUUGGCUGUGGGGCGCCAGGGGGGACCCGGUAGCACGGGGGGGCCCGGUGCGGUGGACCAGGCGCGGGAUCUGAGCCCCUGCCUUCCCGCGUCGAUGGGCGAUGCUGCACGACCCACCACUCUACCGUGCAGCCCUCCUGCCGCCCAUCACCACGGAUCCCAUCAUACGCCCCUGCAUCAGACCCACUGCGGCACCAAUAACAAUUGUUACGAUGGCUCGACCACCCCUUACGAGUCGAGGGACUACGACUCACCCGGAGCGGGCGGAGUACAGGAGUACAGGGGUGGGAACUUCGAGAACGCCAACGACCUAAGCAUGCCGUCGCAGACUGCGCACCACCAUCACCAUCACCACCAUCAUCACCAUCAUCAUCCCCAUCUGCAAGCGCACUCCCAGGAAACCACGACGGAGCACUUGCACGCCAUCCCGAAGCUGGAACCGCCGCCCACGCCGCCCGCGCAGUCCGAGGACGUUCCGGGGAACGUGGUUUGCGCGGGAUGCGGCCUCAAGAUAUCGGACAGGUUCUACCUCCAGGCUGUCGACAAGAGGUGGCAUGCCGCGUGCCUCCAAUGUUCGCACUGUCGCCAGGGUCUCGACGGGGAGGUCACCUGCUUCAGCCGAGACGGGAAUAUCUACUGCAAGAAGGACUACUAUCGGAUGUUCGGCAACAUGAAGCGGUGCGCGCGCUGCCAAGCGGCGAUCCUGGCGUCCGAGCUGGUGAUGCGCGCGCGCGAGCUCGUCUUCCACGUGCGCUGCUUCUCGUGCGCGGUGUGCGCGGUGCUCUUGACGAAGGGCGACCACUUCGGCAUGCGGGACGGCAACGUGCUCUGCCGGCUGCACUACGAGAUGGGCGCCGAGCUGCAUCCGGCCCAGAGCCCGCCGGUCCCGGUCUACCCGCCCGGGCCGCACUACCCCGGCCAGCCCUUCCCCUCGCCCGAGUUCCUCCACCACCAUCAUCAUCAUCACCACGCGCCACCGCACCCACAUCACUCGAUGCACCCCCAGCACCCGCACAGUCACGUCAGCCCGGUGCCGCUGCAGCCCUCCACGCCCUCCGGCACCGUCGACGCGUCCUCGCCGCCGAAGGUGUCCUACUUCAAUGGCGCCGCCGCCGUGGUCCCGCCGCCCAGGCAGAAGGGUAGACCCAGGAAGAGGAAGCCCAAGGAUCUCGAGGCUAUGACCGCGAGUCUUGAUCUGAACGCGGACUACAUAGACAUGCCCUUCGGCAGAGGCCCCGGCACCCCCGGCAUCCCCGGUUCCAACAGCAGGACGAAGCGGAUGAGAACGAGCUUUAAGCACCACCAGUUGAGGACGAUGAAGAGCUACUUCGCGAUCAAUCACAAUCCCGACGCGAAGGAUCUCAAGCAGCUUUCCCAGAAAACUGGCUUGCCGAAAAGGGUGUUGCAGGUCUGGUUCCAGAACGCGCGGGCAAAAUGGCGGCGUAUGGUGCUGAAGCAGGAGGGCAAGUCCGACAAGUGCGACGGCGGGGUGGACGGCGGUAAUCUCGGCGACCUUGAGCUCUACGGGAACAGCACCGGAAGUGGCGGGCCGCCGAUGAGUCCGCCCUUCAUGCUCGGCGGUCCCCACAGUCCCGCGUCCCUGGCGUCCCUGGACUGCGCGUGAUCCCUGAUGAUGACGUCCGAAUCCGCGCUUUCCGGCUAGCAUCGCGCAUCCUACUGUGCAACAUCGGGACAAUCGGUACUUCCGGACGUGCAGUCCUUCCGGACGGUUACUCACGUGAGUGAUGUCGCUCGCGAGGACGAAUGAAUUGUGAAUAGAGUCGGUGAGCGUGUAAAAAGAAGAGAUCAGGAGUGAAAGAAACGUUUCCGCGCGAAACGGAAAUUCGCGGAUGGGCCGAGCGAGACUCGAAGAGUGCAUUUUUUUUCUGAGAGAGCGCCGACUUCCGGCAGUCGAGUUCCUUUUGACCGACGAAACGGACGAAAAGCUUAAGCCUCUCCGUUAUCGUUCCGCGAGCCGAAAAUUCACUUCUCGAGGAGACACUCGCUUCGGAUCGGGACGUAUGUAAAAUUUAUUGACGCGCUGAAUCCGCGUGUAAAUCCGUUUAAUUGAUAAAAAAAAAUCGUUGUAUUUAUUGUAGCUCGAAUUGUACGGCGUUCUGCCGCGGAACAUUAAAGUCGUUCGUUGAGGGCAAUGUAAUUAGUGAAGGAGAUUUAUUUAUUCGCCUAAGUCUAAUUAAGAAUCGCGAACAUUACCAGUGCUGUAAAAAAUUCUGCGUUUCGCGGGUUCUCGAAGAGUUGUCGGCUGCCGUCAUUAAAAUCCUCGAUCCUUCACGUACGUUCGAGGAACGUCGAUUACUGCGAUUGAUCGACGAAAUGAUUUUUUAGUUAUGGGUUAUUAAUUAUUUUAUUUAACUUUUUAACUUAUUGACUUAUUUAACUUUUAAAUUUC